AUGCUCAGAUCGACAUACACUGCUCCUCCUCCUUUGCCUUCGGGGUGGACACAACAUCGAGCCCCUACAGGUCAUUUAUACUAUUAUAAUUCUUCAACAAAACAAUCGACAUACACCCGCCCCCAAGAAACAGCCCCUCAGCCUAUUCAGGUCACUUCCGACAGCCCAGAAGCAACAUACAAUCCCGAGACCCUACCUGCGUUUUCUUCAACGCCAUAUGGACCGCCAGCAGGGCUUGGCUCUGGGCCAGCGCAAAACUUUCGCGGCCGUGGGGGAUUCCGUGGUGGGAGAGGUUAUCAUGAUCGUGGGCGGAGAGAACCCGAAGAUCGGCCAAAAGCGAAGCAUCCCAUUCCUAACUGCGCGCCGUGGUUACUAGUGAAGACGAAGCUUGGGAGGAGAUUUGUGCAUAACCCAGAAACUAACGAAAGUUUUUGGAAGUUUCCUGAGCAUGUUUUGAAGGGUGUAGUCGAAUUCGAUCGCCUCGAACGUGAGAAGAAGGAACGGAAAGAACGGGGUGAGCCAGAAGUGCCAGUCAAAAAGGAGUCGCUUCCACCACAGGGUGAUGGUACGGAUACACAGCCGACACCGCAAGAAGCGGAGCAUCCAGAUUAUGACGACGACUAUGAGGAGGUCGAGGUUACAGACAGCGAGGGAGAAGAGGGCCAACCAUCAAAGCGUGCACGAGCUGAAAGUGAGGGUCCCAAGGAUCAGCCACUAGAAUUCAACGAAGAGGACAUGGCAUAUCAACUAGCAGCCAUGGGCGAAGACUACGGACUGGAUCCCGGGGAAUAUGGUGAAGCCGGGGAAGAAGACUGGGAAGAGGGUGCAGGGGGCCUACCACUAACUGAGGCUGAUGCCGAGGCCCUCUUCCGCGACUUGCUGGAUGACUUCCGAAUCAACCCCUUCACAACAUGGGAAAACGUCAUUGAAGAAGGCCGCAUCAUUGAAGAUACUCGGUAUACUGCGCCCUCGAACAUGAAGACACGCCGAGAGAUCUUUUCCAAUUGGAGCCGGGACCGAAUCCAAUAUGUGAAAGAGCAGAAAGCAAAGCAGGAGAAGACAGACCCGCGGAUUAGAUAUCUGGCGUUUUUGCAAGAAAAUGCCACUCCGAAGCUUUACUGGCCGGAAUUCAAGCGCAAGUACAGGAAAGAGCCUGAAAUGAAGGACUCUCAGCUUGGAGACAAAGAGCGCGAGAAGUUUUACCGGGACCACAUCUCGCGUCUAAAGCAACCUGAAAGCACCCGCAAGUCAGACCUGUCAGCCCUCCUCAAAUCUGUUCCUUUAGACUUGUUGCAUCGGUCGUCGAGCUUGGAAGCUCUGCCCAACACGAUCAUCACCGAUGUUCGUUACAUUGGACUCGCGCCCGAGAUCCGAAACCCUCUGAUUGAGGCAUAUAUCUCUACUCUGCCUCCGCCGCCGGAGGUACAGAUGACGGCAGAAGAGCUAGAAGAAAUCGACCGAAAACGAGUUGAACGGGAAAAACGUGAGAAGGCCCUUGCAGAUCGGGAGAAGCGGGUGGAGGAAGAGAAACGGAGGCAGCGAGGAGAUCUUCUCCGUGGCAAGCAUCUACUCCGAGAAGGCGAGGCCGAGAUUGAACAGGCAAUGCGCGUCAACAAGGACGGACUAAUGAGCUAUAUGGAUGUUGACCAGGCGGCGGAUGAUGGACUGAAGCCGGGUUCAUAA